AGCCGCGAUUCGUGAAUCACCUCAGUGGUUGUGUGAGCAUAAGGGCGGCAGGCUGCAAAAAAAGAAAUCAUGCAGAUUACGUAAUGCGAAGUUGCUUAGAAACAUUAACGCCUCAGCGUCCAGGUCUCAAGGUCUGACACUGUAAUCACCAAGAGAAACCUGACUGCGUAUACUACGCAGUAAAAUAUCCAGGAUGGGGAAAGGAGCAAAGGGAAAGUCUUCGGCAUCGUCCGCAACGCGCAAGAAGCAGGCGGUGAAGGUGGCGAAGAAGUCAGGCGAUGCAGUUGUCGCAGGCCAGCCGCCUCAACGAGGACAAAAGAAGGACAAGUCCAAGAAAAAGGAGCUAAAGAAGAAAGUCUAUAUUCCUCCUCCUAAGCCGCCACAAGGUUUGCCGGAUCCUUUAGACACUCUGGGUCUGGCCAGCCAGCUGCCUGGCGACCUGGUCGUGCUCCUCAGGAAAGCGGGCAAGAAGGAUGUUAUCACACGACAACGCGCACUUGAGGGACUGUUUGCUUGGUCUCAAGACACCAUUUCACUCUCCGAAGUUGGGGACUCUGCAGAAGCUGCAGAGAAAGAAUCCGCGCUGAUCCUCGCGCUUCCAUGCUGGACGCACCUUUUUCCACGCUUGGCAGCCUCCCCAACAAGAAGGCUGAGGCUAUUAACGGCUCAAAUUCAUCGCUUGCUCACGACAUCGAGCUUGACCCGGGCAGAGAUCCUCGAGUCCCCGCACUUUGUCGAGACGUUGCUUGGCCCAUGGGCACUUCUGGCAUGGGACACAGAUUCUCAGGUUGCACGAGUAGCCAAAGAAUCAUGGCUUGAUUGCACCUACUGGCUAAAUUUCAGCUCCUCUUCUGCGCUCGGUUCAUCAGUCAGCACAGUUGGAAUCAACAUGACUGAGAAAGAGUCAGCACUCAUCUCACACAUCUCACAGGCGAUCACGUCACCAAUAAACAUUCUCCAAACUCACAGUGAUCCAGCAUUGACACAAACCAGUGGCGUCAGCACAAGCGAGGCGGAUCAAACUAGCGGUAGAACGGAGCUCAGGGAUGCAAAGAAUAGGGACGAGAAUGUGGAGGAGACAGUAGUGACGACUCAAGCAAGACUCACUGCUGGUGCGCUCGGGUUUCUUGAAUGGGCCAUCUCCAGUGUCAAAACCUUUGGAGGUUCAAAAAGAACAGAGGAGCCUCCAUCAGAGGACGAGAGAGACGGAGCGGAACUGUCCGAGGAGAUGGAAUACCUGCUCAUGUCAGAACAGCUAUGGUCUUGUUUUCAGCCGCCUCAGGUUGAGCGACAGUGGGAGACAUUUUCCUUGACGGCCGAAUACUUGGCUGCCAACUCUCCAGUAAUCCGCGCUCGUGCAUGGACUUUGAUUGCAGCGUUGACCAAGCAUCGCAACCGUCUGCUUACCGACCUGCUACACUCCGAAGGUCGAGGGGCCAGAAUCCUUGGCUGCGCAUGGCAGGAGCGUGAUGUUAUGGUUCACAAGGCCAUGCUGGAGGCUGUUGCUCCGCUUCUCAUCGCUCACCGGGACUUGUGGGAGAGGCACUCAUCUCCUACAGUCAGUGACACAGCCGUAAAGGACGACGACGAAGACGCAGAUAGCGAGGAGGACAGCUCUGAAGGGCACGGCAGACAGACCAACACAGACAAUCUGCGCUCUUCCUCCGUUUACAACGGCUUCUUGGAUUGGCUCCGCUCUGCAUGCGGCCAGUCACCCGCAAUGGGGUUUCCAGCAGUCGUCGUGCUUACUUCAACCUUGCCUGACGCACACAUUCAAGGGGAGUCAGCAGCGGAAAAUUUGCGCCAUCUUUUUUCCAGCUUUUAUACGGCAGUCGGAUCUCGCUCCCUCGAUAGCAACCCCCCUGGUGCCCGCGCAUUCUUCUCUGCGUUCUGCGAAACGGUCGUGUUUUUCGCAAAGAGGGUCUGUGAAAGGAACAAGCAAGGGUCACAGCUUGCCAUGGAGCUCGUACGCUCGCAACUUGGUCAGGCUUGGCUGGAGCUGGUGUUGCACGGUGCUCUACCCUCGUCAGAUGAUAAAAGGAGCAGACUACUAGAUGCUCGCGUCCGGGCGAUUGGAGACGACCGCCUAGGUAGCGACAUGGGCAAGGCGCUAGUCGCGCUGGCAAAUGCACGAAAUGGGGCCCUCCUUGAACAGUUCGCGCAGGUCAUCGCUUCAUCAAUGGAACAAGUCAUGCAUGCCGAUGCACCUGAUGUUCAGUUGACACUGCGAGCGCUCCGACGUGCUACCACAACUUUUGCUGCUGUUGCAUCGACUGAGACUGGGAAGCCAUAUAUCACUUCCAUGAUUCAACACUUGACCUCCAACUGCCAGGCUGUUCUAGACAACAAUUCGGACGACCUAGACGCAUGCACGAUCGCUGUCGAGCUUUUGACGAGCAUUUUGAAGAAGCUACCCGCCGACCUCUUACGCUCGGAAAAAGUGUCAAAUGCACUCGCAGCAGUAAGCACAAUCUCACUGCCCUCUGGAGUACUCGCAGGCACCAUUCCAGCAAAUGCAUUGGCCCGGUACUUGGCUGUCUACUUGCCGCUAUGCUCCGAUGCGGGGCAGCGACAACGAGUUUGGACUGAAGUCAUCUCAGCGGUCACGAAGUUACCGUCCCAGCAGCAGCAAGCUGAUGUCUUGGUAGAGCUGUUCGCUCCGGCGCGAGAACUAGUGUCUUGUGGCUUGGCCAACUCUGUUCACACCAUUGACACUGUGGCUUUAUCGUUUAUGUCACGAAUUUUCUCGUCUCCAAUUUCGCCAACGUCCAGCAUCGCAGUGGCACUCGAGCAACUCAUGUGCAAUCCAGCUCCAUUCAUUGAACGCUCUACCAGCGAGGAGAUGCUUGGUCUCCUUCUGACGAAGAUCGAACAUGACGGCCGCGAUGUCGUCUCAUGUGCGAUACGAAACAGUGGAGGAGGACCCGAAGCAAGCCAAUCGCUAUCGUUAUAUCUGGAAAUUAUUCGUGCAUACGUCCAAGACAAGCCAGAGGAGCGCAUAUAUUCUCUCAGCAACUCGGAGGCUCUGUCAGGGUUUAUUCCGGUCGUCUUUAGUCUGGCGUUCCUUUGCGCAGAUACCAAAGGGCCUGAAAGUCCAGCGGUGGAUAGUGCUUGCAGCUUGUGGGCACUGCUAAAGGAUGACGCACAAGCACAGCAGCUCGUCAUUGGAGGCUUGCAAGGGCAUUUACUUGACACCAUGGUGCCCUUGAACACAAUGAAAGCAGCAGUAGUCCACCUUGGAUCACAACGCCUCUCCAGCCUUCUUCCAGCAUCAUUUACUUACGACAUCAUCAUGCAAGAAAGUGUUCAAGUCUCGUCAGAAUGCGAACUAUCAAUUUUGGAUCCGCUUUAUCCGCAUGCGACACAUUCUGGCGCCGCCAACGACAUUCCCGCUGCAUCCGACAAUCAAGGCUUCUACCCUUACACCCGCGCUGUGCUUGCGCUUCUGCAAGCGUCAAGGGAUGAGCCAUUUUUCUUGCCUCAACAUCCAUGGGCCCUGAAGCACCUCAUCAUUCUCGCUAUCGCUGCAGAGGAUGUGCUUGGCGCCCCAAAAAGUCAUCCGCGGCUUUUUGGGGACGAUUGUAGCACGCAGGUACUUACGUCAAUUUUGGGAGAUACAUCCGGCUUCCUUACGAAGACUCUCUCCUCGGCCCUGCAGCACAAAGGGCCGGCAUGGCACACUGCAGUUGUCAGAGCCUUGGAUGGAAAGCCGGCGGCCAACAGUCUAGACCCAAUCGCAGCGUGCUUAUUAGACUUGCAAGGUCUGGAAGAUGGACCCCUGGAAUCCAUCAGCGCCAGGUCUUUCCAUCGACUGCUCAGUGGAGCCCUGCGCUUCAGUAGCACGGAUGGCAUUUCAUUGGACGGGUGGCUCAAAUAUGGCCAAAGCCAGCAAGCAGAGCGGCCUGAUAUAGCGAGAGCGAUCGUGAUCGCCGUCAAGUCAGAGGUGGAGGCCUCGCAAGCUUACAAUCGUGCUUGUAAUGAGGCUGCGGCACGUCUUACUGGCACUCCGCCGUCCAAGGCUGGGACUGAAGGACUGGCUCUGCUACGUCACAUCUCGGCACUCGCGCCAUCCUCAGACUCCGUGACGGCAUUCAUCCCUCAGCAACGGGCAAUUUUUGUCCUUCAGAACGUGCAAAAGUGGCUGGCUAGCGAUGAAGAGAUUCCGGAGGAGAUCAAUACACGAUUGGCGGAGCUUGCCACAAAUCUUUUGCCCAUCGUACAGGACAUCGCCGGCUCGCACUUUGAUUUGUUCUUGGAACUUGUCGAGUCGAAUCUUGAAGUCUCGUCACUGUCGGAGAAAGAGACUCUUCCAUGCCUUUUCCACUCCCUGCAGCUCCUGGUUGCAUUACGCAACAUAGCGAGCCGAAAUGCGACUGUGCGAGAGGUGUGGGAGGAGCACAUGAACGAGCCGCUGGAGAUCAUUCAUCGGCUCUUUUUGUCUAUUGCGGACGUUCCCUUUGGGCGAUCCAUCGGGCGUGACGCGUGUAUCGAGCUGCUCCUUGACCUGUGCGCAGAUCUCCCACAAGCCCGCUUCCAAGAUGAAGCCAGUUCACACGCACUCGCAAAACUUUUGCUCUCCAAGUCACAGCCAGUGCAAGGAGCUGCCUAUCGCAGGCUGCAAGCGAAGGCGCAUAGUACUGUGGCCGACCUUGUUGUCGAGCUUGCGCUCGGGAAGGAGACUGAAGUGCCCAACAGUCAAUACCGCCUCCCUGUCGACAUUAUGACGACCAUAUCCAGCAAUUGCCUGGUCGACCUUUUGGCCGCAGGAAACUUGGCGACAUACCGAAUCUAUGGAUACUUGCUCAGCUGGCUUGUCAUAUUUGAACACUUUGAAGGUGCAUCAAUGCAGCUGUCGGCGCGAUACGUGGAGGACCUUCAGCGUUGGAACCUUGUCACAGGCAAUCUCCUGCCAGCUGUUUUUGCUCUUUUUGGAGAGUCGAGUCUUGCGCCCGCGCUAGAUACCAGCCUGUGGACCAUCGAUGAAAUUUUCCUGAAUUACCUUGACGUUGAGAACCCGAGAGCGCUGCAAGUGCUAGCUGCUCAUGUGUACUUCCGUGCGCUGGUCCGCAUCCCGACGCUCGUACGCAACUGGUGGUAUGAUUUGCGUGACCGCCAGCUCUCGGGUCAAGUGGAGCGUUUCACCAUGCGCCAUUGCUCGCCGUUGAUCGCGACGCGCGAACUUGGGCAUCUGACACAAGUUGACGCGCUUGCGCGCCUGCAAGGCGAAAACAUGGCCGUGAAAGUGCUCUCUACGAACGAAGUCGUCGCCACAUACACUAUCGACGAGCAUCCAAUGGAAAUUGGUAUCAAGAUUCCACCUGAUUUUCCGCUGCAUGGAGUGGAGAUCAAAGACAUCAAGCGCGUUGGUGUCAGCGAAGCGCAGUGGAGAGCAUGGAUUUUGGCUGUGCAGCAGCUCAUUACGAGCCGCAAUGGACUAGUGUUCGACGCGCUCAUGCUCUUCAAGAAGAACGCCGAGGCUAAAUUCGCCGGAUACGAAGGUGCCGAAUGCGCCAUCUGUUACUCGAUCAUCAGCCCGACGGACCAGUCGCUGCCAAACAAGCCGUGCAAAACGUGCAAGAACAAGUUCCAUGGCCAGUGCUUGUACAAGUGGGUCAGCACUUCCGGCGGAUCUACCUGCCCGCUGUGCCGGUCCAUUCUAUAAAAGUACAAUAUGCAAGGGUAUCGCUAAGAUACUCUUAUAGUGCAAAUCGACAUCAUUUUUCUGCUACAAUGGAUCUCGUCUUCCUUUCGUAACCCCUGCUCGGCUUGCCGAUCUCAGAUCCUUGCAGGAUGCCGCUCUCUUUCCUGCCGUCUUGAAUCCAUAGGCUGUUCCGUUCCCGUCUUCCCCCUCCGCGGCAGGCUUGAAUCCGCACUUGCGCAUGUCCUUAGACGAAGGGAUGUUGAUUGUCAUCACCUGUGGUGUGAAGCGGGGAGGGAGGCAAGG